GAGAUCCGUAGACCCGACUCACUGCGCGGUCACAUCCCGCCCCGACUUCCCCUCUGCCAGCGGCCUGCUGCUUUGAGAUGAGGAGAAGAUGUCGGUGUCGGGGCUGAAGGCCGAAUUGAAGUUUUUGGAGUCAAUUUUCGACCCAAACCACGAACGAUUUAGAAUAAUUGACUGGAAACCCGAUGAACUCAGUUGCCAAUUCAACGUAACAGGAGAGAAGCUGCUGAUCAUUCACUGCAACAUCACGGUGAGUCCAGGCCAGCUCUGCGCACGAGCUAACGCAGCCACUGACUAUCAACUGAAACCCAAUCAUUCCGGAGGAAGCUUCUUGUUUACCAGUUAGAUACCGAAAAGUACCCUCUCCCGUUACGUUUAGACAUUGGCCACAGAUAUAGAAGUGAUUUGGCAAAUUCUUGAAAACAAUACAGGACUGGUAAUGAAUUCACUUUUUUAAAAAGUAUUAGAGAAAACGUCAGUCGGUAACGACGCUGCGGUAGCUUUGCUAGCCCCAAAGUAUCGUUGACGCUAGCUUGUCUUGAUAGCCAAAAUAACUGCGUUACUGCCUCUAGUACCUCGGUUGAUAACUUUAUAACUACUGAACACAUGUAUCUCGUUUAAUCUCAGCGUUAUUGAAACUACAGGCGGGGGUAAUGCAGCUUUUUACACUAUUUCGACAUUUAUUUGAGAAGGCAUAGCGGUGGUUGUCAGUUUCACUUCUUUAACGUUAAAUAGGCGGUUUACUGGAAUGUUGUUUCACAGUGUUUUCCAUUUCAGAAAAUAGACCGGUCCCUCUGACGAAGUUAACUGGCGUAUAUUACAGCUCUGACAUUAUUGCCUCAAAAUACACAUAAAGAGAUAUAAUGUUGAUCUGAGAGAGUCAGGGUUGCCGUUUUUUAAUAAACUAUUUAAUAUUCGCAGCAAAGAAAUAUUGGUGUAUAUUUUUCUACCGGUUGCUAACGUUAGACUGGCGUUGCGUUAAAGCAUUAUGUCUCCAUUUCACUGAUGUAAUAUUCUUAGAAGUUUUCAUUAAAGAUUGAAAAAUACAUAAUGCAAUCCACAACUGAAACAAUUUGGCCAUAGUGGUGGUAGGCUACUUGUCGUUCACACGCAUUCACCUGAAACAACACCUGACCACAUCCUCUUCUCUGAUCCAUCAACAUGUUGUGAUGGUCUUUUACGGGGCACCAACAGGCUUGUUGAAAUAUAGACCCUUAGAUUAAAUGUGUUUACUAUAGUUACGCCAAGUCUGAUCAGUAGGCUUAUGUCUGGUCUUCAGAGCUUUACUUGCUGGACCCACCUGAUUCCGCCGAAUAGGAACAGGAACAGCAAGUCUGGCAUUGCUAGACCAGUAAAUAUAAGCAGGGGAAUUGGUACGCAAUGCCAGGCUGAGAAACAGCUGGUAGGCUGCAAAUACAAAUAUGCAAGAUUUGUAAUACCUGGCUUCCUGUUUGGACUGAUUUUGAAUGUAGCUUUAUCAGAGUUGCACAGAGGUAUGCUGAUAGCUAAUAUGGUAGAUGUUAGUCCUAAAGCAAAAGCCUUACAUACAGUUAUUAAAGGUUACACAUGUGUCCUCAGAUUUUAUUAGCAACAAUUACACUGACAUAAGGAGGCAUGAAACAGAUCCAGAUAUGUAUCCUUAUUUAUCUAUUGAUAUGGGCCCUAUUUUCCUGAAGUUGUACACUAUUCAGAAUCAGAAUUAGCUUCAUUGGCCAAGUAUGUGUACACAGACAAGGAAUUUGACUGCAGUAAACUCUGCCCUCUAUGUAUAAACAUUAAACAUGAAAUGUUACAAAAAUUAAAAACGAACUAGACGUUUAACUUAUAAAUACAAGACAGUGGUGCAAUAGUGCAAUAAGGAAGAGUGCAGUGGAGUAAAGAGUGAUUGUGAAAAAAUAUAUAUAAACAUGUCAUUAUAUUACAGGUGGGUUAUGUACAUGAACAGUAUAAAGAUUAGAAAUAAAUGUUAAAUACAGUAUGCGCAGAGGUAUAUGUCAAAGAGGGGAAUGAAUAUAGAUAAACUAAAUAACAGUUAUGGAAAUCACAGUCUAGUGGUCUUUCCGUGGCUCUGUGAACAUUAGGAGUUCAUCAGAGCAAUAGCCCGGGGGAAGAAACUGUCUUUGUGUUGGCUGGUUUUGGCGUACAGUGUAACGUCUACCUGAGGGGAGGAGUUGAAAUAGUUUGCGUCCUGGAUGUGAGGGGUCUGCAGUGAUGUUACCAGCCUGUAUUUCCAAUGAUUCACAAACUGUAUGCUUGGCUAUAGAGCUAAGAUGUAGUCUGAAGUCAUUAAAAGUUUUGGAUUAAAAUGAAGUGUUUUAGAUUAAUUUAAAUUCUUUGGUAUCAUUUUGGUUCCAUAAAAACAACAAUAUCUUUUCAAAAGUAACAUGUAAAAUAAGUAAUGAGUAAAUCUAUGAAAACAUGAGCAUAGGUGGCUAAAUUUCCACGUUUUGCCAUUAACUCUGUUGCAGGAAUCAUAUCCCUCAACGCCUCCAAUAUGGUUUGUUGACUCUGAUGAUCCCAGUCUGGCUGAAGUGUUGGAGCGUUUAGAGGAUGUGAGGAAAGGCAGCACAUUGGUAAGUCUGUGACGAGGCUGGCUCAAAAUAUAAUGAGCUAGUUUUGGUUUGAAAAUUGACAUUUUUCUCUUGUUGACACCACGUGCAGCUCCUUCAGCAGCUGAAGCGCCUCAUUUGUGAUCUGUGUCGACUUUACAACCUGCCACAACAUCCAGAUGUAGAAAUGCUCGACCAGCCCCUGCCUGCUGGGCCAAUCACCCAAGAGAGAAAGGUACUCACCCAAAACAAAGAAGAAAUACUAUAAUGUUUUGUUGCACUUGAUGUUUGUCAACUCACAUUGAUUUCUUAACACUACAGCAUGGCCUGUCAGAUGAGGUGACAUCAGAGGAAGAAGAGGAGGAAGAAAUGGGGGAGGUGACUAUGUUUAUUAAUUACAUUUUACAAGAGUCAUAUCGUUAAGAGCCAAAUAGUUUCUUUUGUUUUGCACCUUGUUCUGAAUUGAUUUCUCCACUGGCAGCAGGACAUUGAUCUGGACCAAGACCUGGACCAUUAUGACAUGAAAGAAGAGGAGCCAGCAGAAGGAAAAAAGUCCGAAGAUGACGGGAUUGAAAAAGAAAAUCUGGCCAUCUUGGAGAAGAUCCGCAAAAACCAGAGACAGGAUCACUUGAAUGUAAGUGAAGUGCAGGAUUUUUGGAUGGAGCUUUUUUUUUCCUCCUUUAAUUUUCUUGGAUCCCUCUAUCAUAUUUUAAAUCUUUAUUUAAUAUCUGCACUUUUGAUUCCAAGUUAUUUUAAAUACUUCUUUAAAAUCAGAAACAUCUGACAUUUGUUAAAGGCAUACAACGUACAAAAUGUCUGUAUAUGUUCACCUUUUCUCAAAUACUUUCAGGCAUUAAUCAAUUUCUGUCUUCUGUCCUCACAUUUUACCAACCAUUUAUUUCAAUCAGGUGCUGCAAUUUGAGAGUUUCACAACUCAAACAAACUUUGCUAUGUCUGGGAAUAAACUUUUUGCUUUCUUUCUUUGAAAAAUAUGGAUUUGUAAGACAGUAGGCUGCUUUGAUGAACUGUAGCAUGCAGACUCAUUGUUCCUUUGACUGCUGACACAGUAUAGCUCCUGUCAAGCACAGAAUUUGAUUAACUGUUGGCUUGGUGUUCUAUGUAAAUGUGCAACUCACCCGAUGCAUCCCUCAGCCACAGUCAAUAGCCAACUGUUCCCCACAGUUAGUAGUUGAUAGUUGAAAUCUUACAACAUUUAACUUCUUACUACUGUGUGGAAGAGAGUGUAAAGAGACAUAAACCAAACAUUCACCUCAAGAUCUCUUGUUACACUCACAUCGAGCUUCCCCCUGCAGCUGUCUGUUAUUGUCAAAUACAUUUAGGUAAUGUACCAUCUGUGUGUUUCACCUUUGUGAUUUAUAUUGCAGGGUGCAGUGUCAGGCUCUGUGCAAGCCUCCGACCGCCUAAUGAAGGAACUCAGGGAGAUCUACAGAUCACAGAGUUACAAGACAGGUAACUACUCUGAUUCACAGUGGUGAUAUUGUCUUUUCAAUCUUAUCUGAAGACUUCAGAAGGAGACCUUUGUGUUUCUCUUACUUUACAGGUAUUUAUUCAGUCGAACUAGUCAGUGACAGCCUUUAUGAAUGGCAUGUCAAGUUAAGGACGUAAGUUUUCAUUUUAUUUUCCUUUUCAAUUUUCAAAUAUUUUCUGAGGUAGUAAUUAAAGCUUUGAUACUGAUUUGACUUGUUUAUUCAUUCCAGGGUAGACCCAGAUAGUCCGUUACAUAGCGACUUGCAGGUCUUAAAAGAAAAAGAAGGAGUGGACUACAUUCUGCUCAACUUUUCUUAUAAAGUAAGUGCUGUCAUGGUAUUUAAAAAAAAAAACUAUCACAAGUGUGAAAAAAAUUUUCUUGAGACUUUUUUUCUUUUUCAUGUUGCAGGAUAAUUUUCCUUUUGACCCACCAUUUGUACGGGUUGUGUCACCUGUGCUCUCCGGAGGGUGAGUGUGUAAUGAUCUCCUUCUGCCUCUUUGGUAUUUGAAAAGAAAGAUUUAACCCUCUUGGAUUUGGAUUUUAUUUAUUGCACACAGUGUUGGAUUUGAAACUUCUUAAAGGAGUACAGCUGAGUAUCACUUUCCUUAAUUGUGGAAGAAAUAAAAAAAAGACAAGUUUGAAUUGACUAAUGGCUCACAUUUCAAAACCUCAAUAUUUCUUGCAGCUGUUUCAGUUGUACAAACGUUUUCAUAUAAAAAUACCAAUCCCUAAUACUGACCUGGGUUUUUGUUUUGUUUUUCAGUUAUGUUCUAGGAGGAGGGGCCUUGUGCAUGGAGCUUCUCACAAAACAGGCAUGUAAAGAGUAUAAUCAAUUCUGUGGCAUAAUUUGCCCUCAUUAGCAACAAACCAUAACAUUAUUAUGUGUCUUUUGUGUAUCUGCUUUCAGGGCUGGAGCAGUGCCUAUUCCAUAGAAUCUGUUAUUAUGCAGAUAAAUGCAACUCUGGUGAAAGGGAAAGCCAGGGUGCAGUUUGGAGCCAAUAAGGUAUGAAAUAUCACGAGUCAGCUCUCUGCAUGUCAUUAAACCGUGUCUUUAGGCGAGAGGUGUUUAUAGUUAGGCCACUGACCUUACUCAGAGAUGAGGUGAAAAGUCCGUACUCAAAGGCAGGUAUGAGGUGCAGUUAAUCUGUUCAGAAGGAUGACCAGGCACACGUGGGGACUGUUUCUCAUCAUAUGAGAAAAAAAAGGAUGUAUCACAAAAUGGAAGGUGAGGUAUUAUACUGAUUAAAGGAGCAUUACAUUAGAGGCAUACUGAAGCCCUUAGCCGUCUUAUUUUUGCAGUCGUCACACUGUGUUUCAUUUAAUAGGUUUAAAGUUAUAAAAUCCUGACCCUCUGACAUCAUUUAAUCAUGUCUUCUCGUUUUGAAGUUUAGCCGUUAAAGGGAUAUUCCGGCGUAAAAUUAAUUUAGGGUAAAACCUGUAACACAGAGUUAGACACCCCCUCGAGAGAUGAAUGUUGCCGACUGCUUGCUUCUCUAGUUAUACCAACUUCAGUAACGACCACAUGAUAGCAGUACACAGCGGUCUAUGGUACCAUAAACAAACCUCAACCAAAACGCCACUCUAUAGCCACAAAUAAUGCUCAGAACAGCACCUAACUUUAUCCUAGCCACCAAACAUCUUGUUAACUUUGCCUAAUUUCUUUAGCAAAGAGACUAAACACAACUCACCUACUCUCUUCCAGCGGCCGCUUGUUUGUAGUGAGACCUCGGGCCAGUCCAUUACGGACUUUAGCGGGGUGACGCAGCUCAAGGAAGAACAUUUAUGAUCAUUACUUUAUCAUUUCCUUGAAGUAAUAAUCACCAUAUUAAUCAUUUUGCACUGCAGAUGCAGUAGUUCUUCUGCCGUAGUGUCUCGGUCUGAUUGCUUUUCCAUGAAGAAAUAUCCAUCUCUUGAGGGGGGGGUCUAACUGUGUUACGGUGUAUUUGACCCUAAAUUAAUUUUACCCUGGAAUAUCCCUUUGAAAGUUAGAGAGUGGACACAUUCAUUAGCCCUUUUUCAUAUUGUGAGUAUGCAACAACACCAUUAUGACCCCUUUGUACUUUCAUAUUGAUCCUGCUAUUGAAAGGGAACACAGGAAAGAGAAUACGAAUGAGGAAUUACAUUAAAGGAUCUGAUGAAACAUUACAUCAUGACUACUCCAGCACUUAUUUGAUGUCAUGAUCAGCCUCCUGAAACCCUUCCAUGCCCCCCGUCCAACAGGAAAACUUUAAAAAGGGUUAAAGACUGAACUGAUCAGGAAUCAGAUGAAUGCUCAAAUGGCUUGCUAACACUAAUGACCUACUGUUUCUCUUGAAAUCCUUCUCACUGUCUUUUGUGCUGUCAUUUGAUGUGAAAGCAGAAUAAUAAAAGUUUCUGUGUGUUUUCUGUGAAGCUUCAGCUGCAUUUACCACCGGCAAUAUCCACACAGAAUAUCCACACAAAAAUUUCCUGGCUCCUGAUGAACGUGGACUGUUGUCGUCUAUGCUGUGUCAUUCUACACAUCUAACAAAGCAUAAUUUGUUUUUCAGAACCAGUACAAUCUUGCCAGAGCACAACAGUCGUACAAAUCCCUUGUGCAGAUUCAUGAAAAGAAUGGUAAGUAAAUAUUUCUGGAUUGUUAGAGCUUCGUGGCCGAUCAGCAGUUUGAAUCCUGUGGCUGUGAGGUUUGUCUUUGUGUCUCUACAGGCUGGUACACACCACCCAAAGAGGAUGGAUAAACAGAGCUACUACCACUAUGCACUGAGAACAUGUCUUUGGGUCAAAGUAUCUUGUUUUCUUUGGAAUAUUUCCCCCCCUCUGACUUAUCUGGGGAUAUAUCAUCUUUCACGCGGAAACCAUCUCGUUGGCUCAUCUGACAGGUAUUCCUUCGCCCCCCCUUGCUCCGGGAAAAGACGUUAUAUUCUGGUAUCACUCGGCUUCUCCCCUCAGUGUUUCAGUGAGGAGGAUGACGUGGGGAAUCACUAGUCCUGUUUUCUAAACAUGCUCAUUUGUCUUUUAAAAACAAAAAAACUUUUCUCCCUUUUAAAGGAGGGGAAAUGCUUUUUUUCUUUUAGCUGCUUUGACAAAGUGGGCUUUGAGCUGUCAGUUAUCCCUCUUUAAAUGGAACUUUUAAAAAGAAGAUUGAUAUUGAAGCUCUUUGAGAGGCACAUUGCUGCACCUGUUUUUAUUAUUAACAAUAACCUUUACUUCCCCCUGUUUUAUUUUGACAUUUUGAAACUAACUGGUACAUAAAGGAAAGUAUUGUUUUAGAAAUUUUGGCUUUUUUCUUUUUGGUUUGAAAUUCCUGCCUCCUUAGACAAUAAAUGAACUGAUUUUCACUUCCUUGAAGCUUCUCUUUAAACCUAAGGUGAGCUGCUGCCACUCUAUCUUUGAGCCCUUACUAUUUAAGAGGUAUUAAGUGUUUAGGGCCAAGCAGAAUCCGUAUGCUGCAUUUUGUGGUGGAGUUUAAUCUUAAAAUAGGGCCAAAGGACAUGAAGUAAAAGGAUCUGUAGAUACUUGUUCUCCAGAGGAUAACAUGAUGAAUGAUGUGGCAUCCUUGAAGAAGCUCAAAUCGACCCGAUAACAAAGCUCUUUUUGCCUUAUUUCUGUUGACACAUCAGCCCAGAAGGUGCUCAGUUUGGCUCAGUCUCUGAGUUGGCGAUAGCUGCAGAGCGUGAUGGCAGGUCGGAUGCUAUAAACAGCCUCACGUUUUCAAAAAAGACCUACAUGUGGUGUCCUACAGGAGCCUUGACUUCUCUUUAACAGAACAUAACAGGGUUUGAUUUCAGUGACUUUAAGCAGGACUGUGCUGCGAUGGAAUCAAGAGUGAUAGGGUGUGAUUUAUAGUCUUCAUCAGUCUGCACAAUUUUGCUAAAGAAUACAUUGAGUCCAGUCUAGAUUUGAGACUCUUACCACGGUAAAUGCCGUCACACAGAGCUUGACUACCCCCCCUUUUCUUCACCUCUAGUUCUCUCUAUCAGCGACUAAACACAUCACUCACAGGGCUUCCUUUGCUGCAACAGUGCUCUUCAGAUGUGUUUCAGAUUGUUGCAAAAAAGGAUUAAACUAAACUGAAAUACACUUUUAUUUGGACGUUGGAUCACGCAAUAUAGUGUAGUAUGCCAUCAGUACUGCUGGUCCCCAUGCUACAGGACACACACUGUAUAAUUAAUCAAUCUGUUGGCUCUUUUGCAGUUUGCCUGUUAACACUGUCUGCAAAAGUAUGUUUGAAUGGCUACUCAGGUAACAAUUCUUUAAAGGGGGGGAUCUGAACAUACACUUUCUGUGUUUCGGUUGUUUUCUUAAAGAAAUCAACGCUGAUCUGAUGUCAAAAAAACAAAGAGCUUUAUAGUAUUGGCCACAUGAUUAAUCUAAUUCAAGCAGUACAAGAGGCGGGACAAAAAGAUGCCAUUUGAAUCAGUCUGCAGUAGCAUGAUGACCAUUUAAGAUAUCAGCUCAUCUGUACAAACUGCUGUCAUUUCUAGGCUUUUAGUGAAAAAGUUUUCAGUGUGUAAUCUUAAACUAUUUCUGAUAAACAACUUUUGCACAACUGGCAAUAAUGUGCCUGGGAAGGUCAUAUCUAACAUGUUCUUAGCAAAAUAAUGUAAUCAGGAGAAAUGUUUUAUUUUCCUCAGCACACUGCUUCACUUCCUGUUGUUGUUACAUGUCUGUUACAGUCGAGGGGGGUGGAGUUGUCAGGUUGUGUUCACUUUUAAAUGAACCCGUGUUUGACCGCACAGAGAAGAUGGACCACAUGCUUUUGUUUUUUCUUUUAAGUUUUAAGAAUCAGCUCCCUCUGCUACACAGUCUCUGUUUGCUCGUGUGAUUCCUUCCCUUCAAAAAAAGCCAAAACUCUGCUCUGAGGGGAUGCUAAAAGAUGAUUCAAUUUUAAGGUGAUGCCGUGAUGAACAGACUUGCACGCUUCUUGUUCUGGACUGUGAGUUAAAAGGUUCAUUUAUCUCAACUGUUGAUUCAUUUUCUGGCACCAGCAAACUGAAGAUCAGGUCUGGCGCUGUUGGCUCGUAUUGGUUUUUGUUUUAUUUUUCAUUUUCCAUUUGAAAAAAUUUUGACCAUGUACAGUAAUUUGUAAACUUGCAUCAAGUUUAUGAAUAAAGAAUUUUAAGAUUA